AUGCCACAAAACCUCCUGAGCACCGGAAUCGUCGUGUUCGUUGGCAUACUGGCCGUAGUUUUACCCAUUAUUUCACGCAUCGUAUCCUCUCCAUUUAUUCUUUUGCUUAUAUCUCCUUUUUUGCUUUCUGCUCUAGCGAUCGUUUAUCUCUUGCUCAACGUAUAUCUUGGGUGGUAUCUAGAUACUCGUCGCACACAUUCCCACAAUCAUCUACACAAGGCUGCUCGGCCAUUCGCCUUCUCAACGCCAGCAGCAUGGGAGGCCGUCCUUACUCGCUCCCAGUGGUCCCAGAAUACACCCAAGACACUAUCACCUCUCUAUCCCGAUUCACUAGAAGUUUCCGACGCUCUGAACGAUAUUGUUAGCAAGGUCAUCAGAGAUUUUGUGUCGAGCUGGUACAAGGACCUGUCCACUUCGCCUGCCUUUCCAAUAGCAGUGUCUUCUGUGAUACAUGCAUCCUUAGAACAAAUCAAUCGUAGGGCAUCCCACAUUGAUUUAUCUGCACUAGUCGUCAAACGUAUAUUGCCCAAAGUUACUGCACACAUUGACCAGUUCCGGCAGUCCGAGGUCGCUCUUCGUGGUGCUGGCCUUGAACGAAGCCUCACGCAGUCAGAGGAACUUGAUCUUCUUUUAGCCAGUCGGUAUGCUAGCAAAGGCAUCAAACUUCAUCCAGCAGUCGAAAAUCUCUCCACCACCUUCACUCGCCAAACCGAGGAAAUGCAUAUUAGACAAUUAGUCGACCGCGCUCUUCCUUAUAUCUUGCCACCUAAAGAACGCAGCAGUAAGGGUCUCAGAAUUGUCGUUCGAGAGAUUGUGACAUGCUCCGUCUUAUUUCCUGUGAUGGAAAUGGUAUCAGAUCCUGACUUUUGGAAUAGAACGAUUGACCAAGUGGCAGGUGCUGCUAUACACCAACAGCAACUUAUCUCCAAGGUUCGAAACGUCCUCGAAGCUCAACUACCCCGCCAACGCAGUAGAAUAACUACAUCAACACCUGCAGCUUCUGCGUCGGGAUACACCGAACGAGUAACAAUUCGGACAAACCCUAAACAAUUUGAAUCAUUUCUGCGCAGCAUUAGCAAUUGUUCGUCAUUGUUAGAUGCUCGUAGACUCAAAAACGACAUCGUUGGGGAGAUAAGAAGGACACGGGUUCUACUCGCAAACCACGAAAAGGAUGACUGGAUUGACGGGGAAAAGACAGAAGAUGUAGUGGCCUUCCUGGACAGGCUUUAUACCGCAAAACGCAAAGUGGAAGAAAGGAUUGUAGUUCUUGGUGGGGAGGACAGCUCAAGACAAAAUACCAUUCAAGAUGAUGGCACAAAGUCUAGCGUUACUUUGCGGGACAUCCUUCGAAAUCCAAAUUCUCUUUCAUAUUUCAUGGAGUUCAUGGACCGCCGACAUCGUUCAUUACCUGUUCAGUUUUGGUUGACAGUCGAAAGUUUCAAAAAUCCGCUAGAGACGGUGGAUUCUGAUACAUCGGGUGAGGAAGAAGAAAUUAUUCAGGACCCAUCUACCUCCACCACUGUAAAGGAGGAUAUUUCCAUGAUCAACGACCUUUACUUUUUGGACGGGAAAACUCAGGCGGGAUUAGGAUCUAUCUCCAAGAAACACGUCGACAUCAUUCGCGAUUUUGUCUCUGACCCUGAUCCAUCGGUACAGUCACAAAGGAGAGUGCGCCGCAGCGUUUUGCUUUCACAAAGACAAGUAGAGCGGGACAUGGAACAAGACUUUGAAGACUUUGAAAGGUCCGAGCUCUGGUUCAGAGCUAUUGGUGAUUCGGCUUUUUUAAGCAACAAAUCAGAGCCAGAUCCGUUCGCUAAGGCGAAAGACUCCCCAUCGGACACUCCACGUGGAGAUCGGUCUCCUGCGAUUCCAUCUGCACAGAUUAAACACUAUACGAUCUCACAGGCAACACAUACGCGCGAAUCACCGCCAUUUGGUAUGCAAAGGACUAUCAGCUCAACUUCGAAUCGGUCAGGGCAGUCAAAAGUGUCCAGCACGCAUACACCUUCAAAUAUUGAGGUUUUGAUGUCUCCUGUUGCCGAAUCCUCUAAUGAACCAUCACGGGCUCCUCUUUUUGAUGACCCAGAAGAUGAGAUGCAGAGGGCAGAGGAGAAAAGGAUGGAAGCGAUUCAUGCCGCUCUCACGGAUAUCAUGGCUCUGGAACAAGAAAAUUCUGAACGACCUUCGCUCGCCGAACGGAAUUCAGAGCCCCUGUUCAAGUCUGUUAGAAAGUCAGACCGGCCUAAAAGACCGAGUAUCUUGAAUAACGCCCCUCCCGAACCUGAAGAGGAGCCGGAGGAUGUUGAGCACGAUGGACUUGAUGAAACAGGAUCUUUCCAGUUGGCUGCACCGGGCGAUUUGCAACUCUCUUACGAGAUUUCGAGACUUGGUGAAAAUAUCGCCAACCUAGAAGCCCAAAAUGCCAUGCUACAAACUUUGAUCAAGAAGGCUGAACUCACCGGCGAUACGCAAGAAUUAAGGUUGCUCACGAAAUCGAAGGCGUCGAUGACCAGGGAGCUGCGGGAGCUUCACUUCCAGAAACAACAGUACGAGCAACAAGAGUCUGCGAACCGAUUAAUAUCCGAUCGGACUAGGGUUAGCAUUGUUAAUUCGACUGUUGCUGAGGAAGACGGCAAAUCGGUUGUGCGGUAUCUUGUUGAGGUGCAGCAGCUCGGCCUGGAUGGAAGUUUUGCUUCUGGGUGGGUCGUCGCAAGGCGGUAUAAUGAGUUUCAUAAUAUGCAUAACAAGUUAAAGGAGAGAUAUAUCCUGGUGAAAAACCUUGAUUUUCCUGGAAAACGACUGGUGACUUCACUCUCUGGCAGUUUCUUGGACACUCGUAGGGUUGCACUCGAAAAGUAUCUACAGAGCGUUAUUGCUAUACCUGUGGUAUGCGAAAGCCACGAACUCAGAGCUUUCCUGUCGCGAGAUUCUCCUUUCAUGACGGCGGCAGUCCCUUUGCAAGAACAGACGUCCAAAAGCUCCGCUCACUUUUCCGGAACUGAUCUCGUUCGCAAUGUGUACCGCUCAGUGGCCGAGAGUAUUGAUGAUAUGUUUUUUGGCCCUUCAAUGUUGGAUGUUAUGAUUCAGCGACUUACUCGCCAGGCUGCGGAAUUCACUGGGAUUGUCGGCUCGGGAAUCAAUGAUGAGGAUCUUGUGGCACAAGCGUUAAAUGCUUCGGGAAAAGCAGCAUCUGAAGCGACUUUGCUGAAGUUGACAGGCGAUCUGAAGCCCUUGGAAGGAGAAACGAGCACCUCGACCUUCUCGGCGCCUAUUUGUGAUCUCAUUUUGGCAGUAUUCGAAUUGCAUAAGAAGAAUAACUGGUUGAGGAGGCAGGCUAUCGUGAUUAUUUUGCAGCAGGUUCUUGGAGGGACCAUCGAAAGAAAAAUUCGUGAAACUGUCAAAGGCUUACUUAGCGAAGCUCGAUUAAUGUCCUAUAUUAACUUGCUACGGGAUAGCCUCUGGCCUGGAGGUAGAUUGCGAGCUUGGGGUCCACCACGUACCACAGAGGAGAAGAUUCGGACAAGAGAUGACGCCAAUAGGAAACUGUCCUCAUUGGUACCAGACCUUGCAGCCAAUAUGAUUGGGAGGACUAACGCUCGUCGCGGUGCUCGCAGAAUCUUUGCUGUUCUCCAAAACAGGCGUCUAAACCAGCAUAUUGCUUACACCAUCAUGGAUGAGCUCUUUGCAGCAUUGUUCCCUGAGGUUGCACAGCAGCAUCCAUGA